CGCUGAAUAGAGAAUGUCUGGAAGAGGUAAAACCGGAGGCAAAGCCAGAGCGAAGGCCAAGACCCGCUCCUCUCGUGCCGGGCUCCAGUUCCCCGUCGGCCGUGUCCACAGGCUGCUCCGCAAAGGGAACUACGCUCAGCGGGUCGGCGCCGGAGCUCCGGUGUAUCUGGCGGCCGUGCUGGAGUACCUGACCGCUGAGAUCCUGGAGCUGGCUGGAAACGCUGCCCGCGACAACAAGAAGACCCGUAUCAUCCCCCGCCAUCUGCAGCUGGCCGUCCGCAACGACGAGGAGCUCAACAAGCUGCUGGGCGGAGUGACCAUCGCUCAGGGCGGCGUGCUGCCCAACAUCCAGGCCGUCCUGCUGCCCAAGAAGACCGAGAAGCCCGCCAAGAAGUAAAUACCCGGAACCGGCUUCAACCAAACCAACAACGGCUCUUUUAAGAGCCACACACAUCCAACUAAAGACAAAUCCUUGUAUUUCCAUGAUUCUAUGUAUAUAAUGAAUCAACCUGUAGCUUAUCCUAAAACAAUUUAAGGAUUCUCUUUCAGGGAAGGCAUAUUUAACUAAUGAGCACACUUUACAAGAUUCAAUCCCACUUGUUCUCUGUCCUGCAAUUUUUUAAAAGUUCAGUUAAUGGAUAACAAUUUUAUAUGUGUAUAUGUAUGUAUAUGUGUAUGCACGCACACAAGAUCCCUUUACAUACUGCUGUGAAUUAACUAUUAA